GAACUAGAAGAUCAUGAAUUCAAAUUUUUCUAUCAUAUGGAUUAUCCUAUUUGGACUUUAUCAUCUUUUCUACCCGUCUACGUCAGCUUUUGAGAUAAAAGGUCUUGCUGAAAGCAAAGUAAAUGAGGAAACACUUCAUGAACCUAGAAUCCAGUGGAAGAGAAGUGUUAAUGAAACCGAAGACGAUUUAUAUAGAACAUUUAUAACUUUAAUUCCUAUAGUGACAACACUUUCAAUGCUGACAUUUUCUGUGCUUAGUAUUAUUGUAUGGUUAGUAUAUGUAAAAAUAAAGCAGAGGAAGAAAGUGGUUCACGAUGUUGAAAACCCACCGGAGGCAGCACAGCCAGAGGAAACAUCUCCUGAAAGGCCCAACAGUUUCAGGAGAUUGUGCAAAAAAAUGAAACAGAAGAUAACAAAGCAUAAGCCUGAUAUUGACAUAGAGAACCCACCAGAAACAGUUCCGUUGCAACAAACGACAUCAGCUAAAAGCCGUGUUAGUUCUGCUCUGAAAAAAUGUAAGAGAAAGAAGCAGAAGAAAGAAGUUGCUGAUGCAAAGGAACCACCAAUGACAGCUGAGCUUAAGUAUAAAGCAAAGGCAGCUGAAGAUGUUAUUAGGUCUGUGGUUGGAAAAUGUAAACCAAAGAAAAUAAAAGAAACAAUAGAUAAUAUUGAGACGCCUUCUGAGGCAGCACAGCCAGAGGAAAACACAAAAACUGCUAAAAGGGUACUACGUUCAAUGAGGAUCAAGAAGAUUAAGAAUAUAGAAGAAGGAGAAGGCUCGCUGAAAAAGUUGAAGGGCAUAAAGAGCAAGUCAUCCACUGCUCAAAACCUCAACGUAGUAAUAGAGAUACCGGAGGACUCUGAAAUUGUAAUAGAGACACCGAAGUACUCUGAAACUGUAAUAGAGAUACCGGAGGACUCUGAAACUGUAAUAGAGAUACCGGAGGUCUCUGAAACUGUAAUAGAGAUACCGGAGGACUCUGAAACAGUAAUAGAGAUACCGGAGGACUCUGAAACAGAAAAACAAAUAAGUGAAGAGAAAACUAUUCAACCAACUGGAAACAUCUGUGGUGAUGAGGAAGAUGAGCUUCUAUUGCAAAUGGAGCUCUUGUUACUAUCAAUGAAAUGUUUACAUCAGUCUGCAGAACCCAACAGUGAAAAGCAACUUGUACAUGUUGAAAGAAGUGAAGAUACAUGUGGUGAUGAAGAACUUCUAUUUGAAGCAGAGUUCUUUUUAUUAUUAAUAUUGAUGUUGAUUUAUAAUUCGGCAAAAACCGAGCGUGAAGUGGAACUUGUCACCGAAUAUGCUGAUAAGAAAGAUGAACCUUCAUUGCAAGAAAAGGAAAAAACACCUCAACAAGUUUGCAAAUUGUAUAGAUCUAAGAAAAUCAUAGCAACAGCGAAAGCUUGCAAAAUGUAUGAGCCUGGGAAAAGAUCAUUGCGGAAAGCAAAAGUCUGCAAAUUGUACGGUCCUGGCAAAACCAUUCAGCGGAAAGGAAGAGGUUUGAAAUUUCAUAAGCCUGAAAAGAAAGAUACGGAGUAAAGAAAGAAUUUUGCAAACUUAAAUAAUGAAAAGACAACAGCAGAUAUAGUCAACAGAAUUAUAUAUAACAAAUGUAUUUUUAAACUUCAAAAAGUGAUAA